UACAAGAUCGUGGCGGGCGGCGCGCUGAGCUCUCCUUCUCCUCGACAUUGCUUUACGUCAUGACAUACCCGUCCCUUCUACACGGCCGACAAAAAGCAGGGCUGCACAGUUCUACGAUCCUCAAGCUUCGUGAUUGGUGAUCUCAGAUACAUGGCUUGCCAACGAUUCCCCCUCAGUCGGUUCGUUCGGUCAAGACGCCGCGGCUCCCCUCCCUGUUGGGCCAGUCGUCCUCGUCGUCGACGACGGACGGAUCGAUCGAUGCACGGGGUAAACUCGGGAGGAAGCCUGGGUCGCGAGCGCCGCCUCAAUUUCUUUGCAGCAGCAUCCCACGCUCUUGCCCAGCCUCAGCCUCAGCCUCGCAGCGCAGUCUUCUCUCUCAUCGUGAGGGUAUCCCCGCCGACUAUCGUACAGCAGCUGUACAUCAUGUGGCUAGCUACAUCCCAUUAUGCGCAAGUACCUCGGACUCGGACCUUGACACCGAUUUGACAGUCCUCCCGGCCUCCUAUCGCGGCCCAUUUUGUUUUAGUUGCUUUCUUCUUCCUCACCGUCGACCGACCCCACACUGCAACUGCAGGCGGCCUUGGCAGGCUGACGUGACGCAGCGAAGACGCUUCAUUACGGA